GCUUGGCGCAGCAGGCACUAUUAGCAUCCAAUGCGGACUUUUCCUGUUGGGCUGACUUUCGUGGGACGUGCCUUCAGGAUUCCGAUGCUGCAGAAUUACUCGGCUGCCUCGGCAAUCUGCGUGUUGCACGGCUCUGGCUGGCUUCCAACAGCCUCACGCAGAAGUCCGCUGGACGACUGCGGGACUUCGUGCAGCGAGCGGAGGGUCUCCGGGACUUGGACUUGGCCUGCAACGACCUGGACGAUGAGGCGGUGUUUGGGCUUAUUUCUGCCUUGGCAACGAGACGACGCUAUCAGCGGUGGCUUUAUCUGGCGGGAAACCAGGUGCGCAAUCCGCCAGCGCUACUAGAGCGGCUGCGGCGUGCGGGGGUGCAUGUGUGCCUGGAUGAAGCCUGGUCGGACCUACCGAGCGAUGGGGACCAAAUCUGCCUACCCUAUUUCUGCUUCCAAAGUCCUGACACCGUUGACCGAGACCCUGGCCUGGAGAAGCCAGGUGAGGCCAAGCCAAUUCACACAGAACUCGAGGAGGAGCGAGCUGUGCCAAGCUUGUCCGCUAAAGCGAGCAAAGAUGUCACCUCGGCUUUACGAACGCUAAGAACCAUCAUCCCUCCCUCAGAUCCAGAGCAGACGCCGCUGUUGCCACAGACUCUUCCACAAGCUGUGCAGCCGGAGGCUUUGCCACAGUCUGUGCCACUGGCAGAUGCUAUUUUCCCCAUGCCCGCGCUCUCGCACUUUGGGCAGGUCAGCGGCUUUCACAUGGCUCCUGAACCUUUCCUUCUCGGACAAGUGAUGUCUACAACAGCUCCUACCCCUUUGAUGAACCCCUUGAUGACCCCAUUGCAGGUGCCUAAACUGAACGGCGUGCCUCCCCCGCCCCCACCUUUGCCUCCACUCAACAUGACGUGUGCAGCUCCACGGGCGCCUCCGUUGCCUCCUGAUUUGUUUACAGAUUUACGCGCUGGUGGCCUGGCUGGUCUUACCUCUGGAUCGAUUGCCCCGACUCUGGUGAACAUGCCUGGGGCAUUUACUUCGCCAGCAAUGGCCACUGCUCCGAAUGGCUGUCACCCAGCUCCCGGCAAUCUCGCUAUGGCAUUCGGUGCGGUCGAUGCAGAGACUGGGAGGACCGAGGUGGGAGAGGCACCUUGGAAGUCACAGCGGCGCCGUGCGAGGCCGGCCCAGGAAGAAAAGGUCGGUUCGGCGUUCGUGAGUUCAGAGGAGAAGGCACAGGAGGCGACGAUCGCCGAGCUCACGAAGGAGUUCUCGCAGCCGGAGGAGUUCGAAGUCGGACAAAACGUGAGUGGGCGUGUGAUGGCUGCGCAAUUCCGUGGUCCAUCAUUGGCCUACGUCGACAUCGGGGCCGACAAGGAUGCGGUCCUGGAAUAUGGCGAGAUGGAGGACGGCUUUCCCACGAAGCGGGACCCAGUGCGAAAGGGGAAGCAGAUCUAUGCUCGGAUCCUCGAGUUCAACGAGGAAGCCGACCGCUUCUACUUGACAAUGAGGUCAGGCGACCUAUCGCGGCCUCCGAGGAUCAAGAAGAGCGAGGAGAAUCAUGAUCCCGAAUCUCUGCGUCUGGUCGCAUCGGAAGAGUGGCUCGAUGCUGAGGUUCGGAUUCUGCGAGGGCUCUCCUCCCGUGUCGUGACAGAGCUGGACAUGGACAGACGGUCUUUCGUGUUUGAUGUGAUGAUGGCGAUCAAGCGAGAAACAGGAUUACACUGGAGACGACAGCGUCUUCUUUAUGACCAGCAACCCCUAGGCGAGGCUCAGCGUCUGGGCGAGGUCGUCGACGGACCAGAGGCUGAGGUGGCUCUCGUACAUGUGGACCACCAGAAGUUGGAGCCCAUUUCCGAUCGAGACACGCUACAAGUGAUGCUUAUGUCUGAUGGAGAAGCCCUCGCUUACGCCACCGAGGAGUUGAGGCGUGACCGAGACCUUGCACUCGCCGCUGUGAGGCAAAACGGCAAGGCACUGCACCACGUCCGUGGAGCUUCGCUGCGAGGCGACGAAGAGGUAGUGGAGCUGGCGAUGGCAAGCCACCCUUUUGCCUUGGCCCGAGCAUCGAAGGCAGCGCGGAAAAAUAAGAAGCUGGCGGAGAAGGCUCUCAAUGCAGAUCCGGACGUGGCUCGCUUCCUGCAUCCGGAUCUUCGGAAAAACGAAGCCUUCUUGAUGCCGCACAUCGCGAAGAAUGGGCUGCUUCUGCAGUACACUCGGCUGCAAACCGCCAAGAUGGCUUCAGCUGCCGUUGAACAGAACCCACUGGCCUUGGAAUUCUGCAAAAAACAUCACAUGACGGAGCCCAUGGUGAUGACAGCUGUGGCCCAGAACGGUCUAGCGCUCCGCUUUGUGCCGGCGAAGUUUAUGGUUCGAGAGGUGGUCCUGGUCGCCGUCGGUCAGAAUCCCCGUGCUGCCAAGUACGUCGGGGACAAGGCCUUGCUGCUCGAUGCUGUCCGAGAGCAUCCGCAUGCCCUGAAAUUCGCCUGGUCGAAGUUUCUUGCCGAUGCUGAUGUGGUCUCUGCGGCCUUUGAGGCAGACAAGACGAGCUUGAGGUACGCCACCAAACCCGCCGUGCUUGAAAUGAUCUCUCGCUAUCCGCACGAGGUGCUGGGGAUUUUCACCUUCGGCGUCUUCGUGAACGUGACACCCUCCUGGGGUACCCUGGAAAGGUUAGUUUGCGCCCACUGCUCGGAGUUGUUCCACCCUAAGCUAUUCUCUCAGAGAGCUGGACUCCGAACCAUGGAAGCUGCAGACCCGAGGUGGCGGGGAUCCAGUAUUCGCACUGCACCUUGCCAGCAUACGAUCGGUCGUUAA